AAUUGUUUUAAAAGAGAGUACAGAGCAAGAUUCUGCCGUGGAAGAGGAAAUAAGAUUGCUGUAGAGCCAGGUCAAAAUGUACUGAAACUCAUCCAGGACUGUUUCGAAAGUUGUGGCAAUGAUCUUAAAAUUGCCUCUUCAAGUCCAACCUGUUGCUCAACUCCUAUUGUCAGAAAUGAGAACAGGGCUUCGAGGUCAACGGCAGGGUUAACUAACUCUGUGAAAAGUGCCUUUAAUUCUGCAGAGCCCUUACCUGCAUCACCAGUAAAACCAGUCAACAGCAGAGGAUGGUCACAUGAAUCACCUCUGAAGCCUGUAAUAUGUGAUGAUGUAGCUGAUUCUAAACCCCCAGAGUCUCCAGUGUCUACAAGAAAAACAAAUGAUAUAUUAAAAAAUGUUGAAGCACUAUGCGGAAGUCCUGCCAUGUCUUUGAACCCUGAGGAUGAUCAUGGGAGUCUUGGAUCGCUUUUUGUGGAGGAAGCAAAAAGUCCUCCUGUACAUACAUUACACUUUGAUGACCAAAAUCCUCCUGCCGCAGUGAAGAGCCACAUGGAAGUUGAAAAACUGGAAGGACCUCAGACUGGGAGAGAUGAACAGGUUGUUCUCAUGAAUGGAACAGAAUGUACUGCUACGUCUUCUGUACAGAAAAGGAAGUCUUUCUCUUCGGUCAUCUUAGCGGCUGUAGCAACAGAAACGCUUGGAAAAAGGUAUUCAGCCUCAAUAUCACUGCCAUCACAUCCUCCUGUGAAAGAUCAAUAUAUAGAAAAUGAUUGUGAUUUUUUCAUUGAUGAAUCACAUGACGUAUCUUUUAAUUCUUUCUUUUCAAUACCCCGUAAAAACAAAAAAUCAAGAAAAGCUAGCUCUGCAACUCCUGUUUCUGAGUUUCAGCCCUCUGAAAAGAAGACGGAGGGUAAGAAAGGCAAGAACGGAAAAGUACACGUUGAAGCACUUACUAAACAGAAAAUGGAUGAUUUGGAUAUGAGAAUGCAUGAAUUGAAAGGAACAUCAGAAUCAGAUUCUGUCUCUGACAGUGAAGGAAAGAUUCUUAAAUCUCAAAGGCAAAACAUUACUCAUAUGGGAAAGACUAAAAAGAAUGCACUUAAACGAAGCUCUCCAAACAAGGGAAAGGACUCAUCCUGGAAACCAGAAGCCAAAAAGUCUAUGUUGUCACAGUCCGGAUUGGAAACAAAAGCACGUGAUGCAGAACAAUGUAAAACAGUGGUGAUGCCAAGCGAGGAUUCACUUAUGUCCUCAGCUGGGCACCAGCAAGAGCGGACUCUGUCUCCAAAAAAGAAUCUGAAGUCUUCCAAGAAUUCAUGGUCAGCUUCAAAAGCUUCUCAGCAUUUAGUACACAAGAAAAAAUCUGUUAAGCAGAAACUUCCAAGAGAUACAGUAGCUAAGAGACUGACAGGAAGUCUAAGGAAGACGCUUAAAAAACCUAUCAAGAAAAGUAGUGAUAGAAAGCCUCAGUUACAAACAGAGGAGAUUUCUCACAGUGUAUCCACUGAAGAAGAGCUUGAAAGUGAGCCUGUAAAACUGGAUGAAGUGUUUACCUCACCCCUGCAUCAGAAAUUAGAGAAUUCUGUGAUUCAGAACUUGGCUAAGUCUGAAAAGCCUAAAAAUGUAUUGCAGACUGUGGAGUCCCUUGGUGGUGCAAGUAACAAAACUCCUGUAAAAGCACUAGAGCAUCUUUUAGACAGUGUGAAGAAUUCUAAAAAGAAAAGGUUGUCAGCUAAGUCUUCAGAGAAGAUACCCAAAAACAGUCACUGCAGAAACAGUGAAGGUAUUUGCUCAGACCCUGAGGACAAUAGAUCUCAAAUGGAUUCUAUCAGCAAUUCCGUACAGGAAAUUACGAAGGAAAACCACAAGUUAUCAGAUGUGAAAAUAAAAAGUAACAAAAGAAAACGUAAAGCACAACACGGAUUACCAGAUUCCUUUGCAGCUGUGAAGUCUACAUGUCAUGAAAGCGGGCCUGUUCUAGAACAUUGUGAUAAAUUUGCUUCCAGAAGUCAGUCUUGUGAACAGGAUAAUAUAUCCUCAGAUAAUUCUGAAAGUUUGGACAGUCAAAUACAACAUCUGUUGUCAGACAACUUAGCAAGACAUAAAAUAGUAAUGCCUUCCAACACACCUAAUGUUCGUCGGACAAAAAGGUUACGACUGAGACCUCUGGAAUAUUGGCGAGGCGAGCGUGUGAACUAUACGAUGAGGCCUUCAGGAGGGCUUGUGAUUAGUGGAAUAGUGUGUCCAGAACCAGAACCUUCCAGGAAGAUUAAACAGAGGAAGGGUAGUCACAAGCAGAGAAAGGAUGAAAGAAAACAUGAGAUACCUGCAAAUUUGGAUCACAGCCUAGCUGAUACUUCUAAGCCAACUGUUGUAGUGGACCCAGUAACAAGUCAGGAAGUACUUCUAGAAUGUAUUAACACUGAAAGCAAUCACGCGUGCUUCUUCAAAGAUGAAUCCAUAGAAAUAUAUAAAAAAUUGAAUACAUCUGCUUUUGCCACUGGUAAAUUGAUUUUGAAACCAUUUAAAGAAAAGGGACAUCAGUUUGUCCACAUGGAUACAAUAGCUUUCCAUAUUGUCUGUGGCGAAGUUAUUGUUACAUUACAUAAGACAUCAUACUAUCUGACUGCAGGGGACGACUUCUAUGUUCCAGCAGGAAAUGGAUACAACAUACGUAAUCUUCUGAAUAAAGAAAGUGUUCUUCUCUUCACACAACUCAAAAGAGACAGGUGA